AUGAAAAUAAAAUUAACGGGUAUUAAACAAUUCAAUAUUGAUAUCAAAGUUCAGUUCAGGGAUAUUAAUCAGAUUACCAAUAUGUCCGAGUUCACUAGACUAUUGAGAAACUCUAGGCUCUCUGCUCUGCCUAAGAACAGUUCCAAACACAAAGGUAAUAAAUUCCCAUCCCAACAAAUUAUUGAAACAAGAGCUAAUGCCCUUGCAAGAGAUGAAUGGGGUUUAAAAUCUUCUUUACCUUCAAAGAUCAAAAGUCGUUUUAUAACGUUUAAUGAUUUAGAUAAUAUGGAACGUAUUGUUGAUUUUGAAACUGGUGGUUCAUUCCAUUGGAAACAAAAAAGAUUUCAAGAAAUGAAUAUAGUACCAAAUUUUGAUACACCAAGAAAAAAUCCUUUAUUUUUCAAUGACGUUGCAGAUUCUCAUAGAUUUACUUCAUUAGCUUCAUUAAUGGGUAUAACUGAUGAAAUUUCUCCAAAAAAUUUGAACAAGAUCUUGGAUUCAAUUUCUGGUCUUAGAGUAAAAUUUGAAAAAUAUUUAUUGAAGAAAGAUCCAAUUCAAUUGAAAAAUAAAAGUUUUACACAAGAGGAAUUUGCAAGUCAUGCUAUUGAUUUUUUAAGUUCAAUUAAAACUGAACAACCAAUCACUUCAUUUAAUCAAUUAAAUUUAAGAAAAGGUUUAGUUAAAGGUACUGGUGGAUUAUCAUAUGGAUUAAAAGGUCGUUUAACAAAUUCACCAAAUGGUAUCAAAUCAAAAUUUAUUGGUACAGGUCGUUUUGCCACAACAAGUCCAAAUUCAAGAAUUGUUGCAUUUGGUGGAUUUUUCGGUGAAACUUCAAAUACUUCAUCAAAUUUACAAUUUAAUAAAACUCAAAGUGAUGGUAAAGUUCCAAGAGAAGUUAAUGUUCCAUUUAGUGUUGAAAGAGCAGUUUUACAAGAUGAUGGUUCUGUUAAUUUGAAAUUAGAUGUUGUAAAUAGACAUAUUUCAAGUGCUUUAGGUAAUGAUAGUACUUAUUUUAGAAAUAAUCAAAAACAAUUUAAUAGAUCAAAAGUUAAUAAUCGUGAAAAAAGAGAUACUGUUCAAGAUUUAUUAGCUUUAAUUAGAGAAGGUCAAAAAAAGAGAUGA